AUGAUUAUGGGGAAGAGCUUUACCAAUGGCGUUACCAACUUGGUCGAACGAAACCUUAGGAGUUGUAUCCUCCAUGAUUCCUCUUUGAGUCUCAUUGUCUCAGAGAAGGUUCUCUACCGACGCAACGAGCAGAACAAUGAUAAGGUCAUCCUCCUCUCCGGCGGUGGAUCUGGUCAUGAACCGGCUCACGCAGGAUACCUAGGCGAGGGUGCAUUAGAUGUAGUGAUUGCAGGCGAGAUAUUUGCCUCUCCAUCUGCCUCACAAAUCUUCACAGGCUUGCAGGUUGCCAAGUCGUCAAAAGGAUCGUUGUUGAUUGUCAAAAACUACACAGGUGACAAGCUCAACUUUGGUCUGGCAGCAGAAAAGGCCAAGGCUGAGGGCCAAAAGGUAGAGAUGGUGAUUGUUGGAGACGAUGUAUCGGUCGAGGGCAAUUCACUUGUCGGUCAGCGUGGUCUUGCAGGAACAGUCUUUUGUCACAAGAUUGCUGGAGCCAAGGCAGCUCAGGGAGCAUCACUCGACCAGGUCGCCGCUACCACCAGAAAAGCCGCUUCGCAAAUGGCCACUGUCGCCGUGAGUCUCGAUCGUUGUAGUGUCCCCGGUCGUUCGAACCAAGAGGCGCUUCCUCGUAAUCAGCUCGAGUUCGGCAUGGGUAUCCACAAUGAGCCUGGUGUGAAACGUGAAGAGAUUCCAGGCCUCGAGGUAACAGUUGAGAAGGCGUUAAGCAUGAUGUUUACGCCCAAAGCCAAUAUGUGGCAACCAAGGAACGGGCAGCGCGUUGCCCUGAUGGUCAACAACCUCGGUGGAUUAAGUGUCUUGGAGCUCGGUGUUAUUGCAGACGAAGUGGUGAAGCAAUUAAUCGUGCGAGACAUCCAGAUCAAAAGAGGUCUUGUUGGCACUUUUGUGACACCGCUUGAUGGACCUGGUUUCUCGGUUACUCUAUUGUCACUUGAUGAUGAAUUGACAGAACUUCUAGAUGCACCCACUACAGCACCUGCUUGGCCACGCUCUAUCCAUGGUUGGGCGACAGAUGCUGAGUCUGUAUCGAAACGAGAAACAAUUGUCACGACUGCAAAGGUUAAUAGUCGAGAGACAGGAGUCAAAGUACCGACAUCGCUUGUUAAGGUUCUUGUUCAGUCAGUGGCACGAACAACAGCAAGGGAUGAGCUCAAGAUCACAGAAUAUGACACCCUUGCAGGCGAUGGAGAUUGUGGAGAGACGCUCCUGAAUGGAGUCAAUGGUCUAGUAGAAGAGUUUGAGAGCGACAAUGCAAUUGCUCUGGAUAUUGGACAAAUCUUUCGACGUAUAGCCACCACCGCAGAGAGAAGUAUGGGCGGCACAUCAGGCGCCAUCUACGCCAUCUUCCUCAAUACCGUAGUGAACCGUCUUCUCGAACUAGCCGCCGACUCACCAUCGCUCACCGUCUCCGAGUUUCUGCAGAAGGCUCUCCAGGGCGGUUUAGACGAGCUGUGUAGGUACACGCCUGCACGCAUCGGUCACCGCACGCUAAUGGACGCCCUCAUCCCUUUUGUCAAGACCUAUGCCUUAGAUGGUUCGUUGAAAGGUGCGUUGGUGGAGGCGCGCAAGGGCGCUGAGAGCACGCGGCAGAUGGCAGCGGCUUUGGGGCGGGCGAGUUAUGUUGGACAAGACAGGUUUGAUAAGGAGGGUGGUAUUCCAGACCCUGAAGCCCUUGGUGUUGUGAGUAUUCUUGAUGGUCUUUCUGAGGGGUUGGACAUGAGAGUCAAUUGA